UGACCUGUCCUGUCCUGAGGAGGCGCACAUAACGGAAAUUUAAACGUCCUCUCGCUUUGUCACCAAACGGACCGUGAGGAAUUUGUUUAUAUGUGGUGGCAAUGCUAGCCCACUAUGAAACAUUUAAAACGAGUAGUGGUUCGUAUUUAUACCUUUUUGUUAUUGCGUAAUCCGGCUACUUGACAUGCCUCCGGUACUACUUUCUCAGCUUAAGAAUUGGCUCUAGCUAGUGCGCGGAAUGGUGUGAAUAUUUCCCAGGUACGUGCUUCGCAUAAAUGCUUUAACGCUUUAAUAACAAACAUGGUCGCAGAGGAGACGCUUCUCGCCGCCAGGCAAGGUGACAUAGAAACUCUUAAAGUUCAACUAGCGGGACAAGCGCUUGAUAAGCAAGUCAAGGACUCACUCGGAGCGACCCCGGUGCACUACGCAGCCCGAACUGGCAACCUCACCUGUCUCCGGUUUCUGGUGGACGAAGCGGGUUUAGCGGGGAGCAGCCUGGCUAAUAACGGCGCCUGCCCGGCUCAUGAUGCAGCGGCUACUGGCAACCUGGCGUGCCUACAGUGGCUUCUAACGCAGGGAGGCUGCAGCGCUUCGAAGAAAGACAACUCAGGGGCCACCGUCCUGCAUCUGGCUUCGCGCUUCAGUCAUCAUGAGGUGACAGAGUGGUUACUGAAAAGUGGGGAAGGGGAACCCAGCAUUGCCACGGACACAGGCGCUCUGCCUGUUCACUACGCUGCUGCUAAGGGUGACCUGCCCAUGCUAAGGCUGCUGUUGGGCCACAGUCCGAAUGUUGUCAACUCCCAAACCAAGAAUGGUGCCACACCUCUGUAUCUUGCAUGUCAAGAAGGACACCUAGAGGUCGUCCAGUACCUAGUGAAGGAAUGUGGGGCAGAGUCAACUAUCAGAGCCAAUGAUGGAAUGACACCGUUGCAUGCUGCUGCACAGAUGGGACACAAUACUGUCAUUGUUUGGUUGAUGAACUUCACAGACAUCAGCCUGACGGACCAGGACAAAGAUGGCGCCACUGCCAUGCACUUCUCUGCCAGCCGAGGUCAUGCAAAGGUUCUGAGCUGGCUUCUCCUACAUGGGGGAGAGAUCGUGACAGACAGCUGGGGUGGGACACCUCUCCAUGAUGCGGCCGAGAAUGGGGAGCUGGAGUGCUGUCAGAUUCUGGUGGUGAAUGGUGUGGAUUUGAGUAUUCAAGACCAAGAUGGCUUUACUGCAGCAGAGCUGGCUGAACACAACGGCCAUCUGCAGUGUGCCAAGUACCUCCGCACAGUCGAAAAUAUGAGCGUAUCACACCGUGUCUUAUCACGCGAUCCUUCAACAGACCUUGAGUAUAAGCAGCCUGACUCGGGCCUCUCAUCUCCAAACGCCACACUAAACACAGGAGCUCAUUUCGCUGUGGGCUCUCCAUCCAGCUCGCUGUCUAACUAUGACUCAGCAAACUCCAGUCAGGCCAGCACAGGGGAGAAGAAGAACAGUUUGCCAGCACAGCGAAUACCACCAGGCCCUGAGUCGGUCAUCACUGACAUGCAGGCCUACAUGGACAUGUUAAACCCUGAUGUUACUGAUGGGGCUCAAAAGGCGGAUGGACCAUCACAGCAUCCACCCCCUCCCACAUUCCCCCCUCCACCACCACCGACGUACCCUGCAUCGAAUCUACCCGAGGAUGAGUUCCUCAAGGUGAAGAGCAACCUUCGUCAUGUGGACAAUUAUACGGUGAAAAAAGAGUUGUCAGCAGGAGACCCUAUUUCAAACCGUGACAGACUGAGGCGAGUGGACUCUAACAGGAAGUCGCGAAGCUUCAGCAAGCAGCCCAGCACUGGAGACUACUACAAGGCUCUGGGCAACGACACCACAGACCUGAACCCCUGCAGAGCCAUGGCACCUAAUGAAGAGGGUUCAGUGCUGUUGGAAGAGCAGGCUGAGAAUGGAACAGCAGCGAGUGAGGACAUUCCUCCACCUCCUCCAGCACCCCCUGCACCCUCUGCUCCUCCUGCACCUCCUGCACCACCUCUACCUUCCGGACCGGCUCCCCCUCCACCACCUCCUCUACCAUCGGAAAUCCCAAAAGCACCACCCAGCACCAGCGCUCCUCCAGCUCCCGACAACAACCGCCGCAUGUCCACGUCAAGCAGCAGCACUAAAUCAUUCAACAUGAUGUCUCCCACUGGAGAUAACUCAGAACUCUUGGCUGCGAUUAAAAAUGGGAUAGUCCUGAAACCCACACCUCAGAGUAAAGGCAGCACAACUGUCUUCUCCAACAAUGCUACAGGGAACGAAGACCGCCCAACAUCACCGCCACAGUCCCAGCCCCAGCCCCAGUCAGAGUCUCAACCUCAAUCUCAGAACGAAUCCCAGCCCGAACCCCAGUCCCAAACUCAGUCCAGCGCUGGCCAGUCGACAAAGCCCGCACCUUCCAGUCCCGCGUCUCCACCCCCAUUCACAACCUCCACAGCUCCUGGCGGUUCACCCCGGACUGUGGGCACCAUUCAGAGUUACGAUCAGACACCUGUCAUGAAUUGCAACGGUGCCUCGGCCCAGUCACGCAAAUCCAGUCUGGAUAUGGAGGUCCUGGUACCCACACAUGACGAACAGGGCAGACCCAUCCCUGAGUGGAAGCGACAGGUGAUGGUGAGAAAAUUACAAGCGAAGAUGCAGGAAGAAGAAGAAAACAAGAAAAAGGCGAAUGAGGAACAGGCCCGUCUUGAUUCCUUGCCUGCUUGGCGAAGAGACAUCAUGAAGAAGAAACUAGAUGAAGAGAAGACCUGCAGAGAACAGAAAAGAAAAGAAGAAGAGCAGAAAAGGAUGGACAAGGAAAAAGAAGAGAAACUGGAGCUGGAGCGGCUGCGUACUCUAGGCUACGACGAGACCAAGCUGGCACCGUGGCAGCGGCAGGUCAUUUUAAGAAAAGGCGACAUAAGCAAACAGUAGAACCUCUGCCACCUGCUGAUUGUCUUCAUUAUGUUUCACACAACUCUGUCUAAUUUUAAUACCUGUAGGACAUUACAUUACCCACGAUCCACCAGCUUUAUCACACUCACACAGAGCUCUGCGGCUUGAGUGCUUUAAAGCUGUGGCUUUGAACACUUCAGGGCCUGUGGCAGAUUCAUCAUACAUCUUUUUUUUUUUUAACGUUGUGUGAUUGUACACACCUGUAAUUGAUUGUUGGUCCUGACAGUUUGUGCAUCAGCUGGCACUGGUUACACAUCCGCUAUAUUAUACAUAAUCUUUUUAAUGCAGCUAAUGCAAGUUUAGCACACUUCACAUGCGGACUCAGACAGCUAUUUUCAGAUCUUUUAAAGUAUUUUGUAUGUUGCAAUAUAUUUCUAGAAGCAGUGCAGUUAUUUCACAAAAAGAUUUUAGAUAUUA